AUGGAUCAUUUGCCAGAUACUCAACAUGAACCAAUCAUUGAAGAGGAUUCAAAACUCGAUGAAGACGAUGCACUUGAUCCUCGAAUUCAAAUUGAACUAGAACGAUUAAAUUAUGCUAGUGAAGCCAUCAAUCAAUUAGAAGUUCAACUUGAUGAAGCACGAAGAGUAUGUGAUGAAUUUAAAGAAAAAUCAGAAGAAGAAUUAUUUCAAUUAGAAAAAAAGAUUGGUGAAGCUGUAUCUAAAGCAAGAACUUAUUAUGAUGCUCGAAUAAAACUUCGAGAUGCGAAAGAAAAAUUAAUUAAAGCUAAACAUCGAUUUGAACGUGCACAAGCAUUACAUGUUGCUGCUAAAGAAAUAGCUAUUGCUUCGGCUGAUUAUAUGGAUGAAGCAGCAAGAUCACAUCAAAAUUCGACAACAUGGAAUGAAACAUAUCUUCAAGCUAGUGCAAAAGCAAAGGAAGCUGAACAAGAAAAAUAUGAAGCUGAUUUAGAUCAACAAAAUGCUGAAAGAGUUCAUUUUGAUCUGGAACAAUUAGUUUUAAAAUUACAAAAAGAAUCUCGACGAGCGAUUAAUAAAUCAAAACCUUAUUAUGAAAUGAAAGUGGAAUAUCAUAAAGAAUUAGACUUUCAAAAACGUAAAGUACGUGGCCUUGAAAAUUGUGUUAAUGAAGCUAAAAGUCAAUAUCAAGAAUCAUUAAAAAAUCUUGAACGUAUUAGUAAUGAAAUUCAUGAAAAACGUCAUCAAAAAGCAUUACAAAACGAAUCUGAAGAAAAAAUAUCAGAUAAACAAUCAUUAUCAACACCAGUUUCAACUAAUAAUCCAACAGUAUCAAUGCGAAAAAAUCAUUUAGAUGGCAUGCUUCGUACAUGUUUACUUCGUACAGAAACUUUACCAGCUGGAGUAUUCGCUAAUACAAAUGAUCGAAAUCCACCGGAAUAUGAUAAGACAAGAAGAAGGACAGAUGACUUUAAUAAUCAAUUUAUUCUUUGUCCAAAAGGGGCACCAUGUCCAAACAAUUUAAUUAAUCCUGAACAAGAAGCAAAAGCAUUACUUGACAGCGCUCGUGAUAGAUUACCAAGUUAUUCAUCAUACGUAUCACAAAGUACGGAUGAUGAAGAUGAGAAAACUGCAUCAUAUAAUAUUAUAUCUGAUGAACAACUUGAUCAUUUAACUUCUCUAUACAAUUCUUUCUCAUCUGAGUCAUCAACGCCAACAGGUACGCAUGAUCAAUUACAUGAACACACACAUAAUAUUAUUUCAAAAUCUUUAUUAUAUUAA